GACGGCAGUGCUGAGUGUUCCUGUGGGAGAAACCACUUCACAUGUGCGGUCAGUGCGUUUGGUGAGUGCACCUGCAUACCAGCUCAGUGGCAAUGCGAUGGAGACAACGACUGCGGGGACCAUAGUGAUGAGGAUGGAUGCAUGCUUCCCACCUGCUCACCACUGGAUUUCCACUGUGACAAUGGCAAAUGUAUACGACGUUCGUGGGUCUGUGACGGAGACAAUGACUGUGAGGAUGACUCGGACGAGCAGGAUUGCCCUCCCCGAGAAUGUGAGGAAGAUGAGUUUCAGUGCCAGAAUGGCUACUGUAUCCGCAGCCUCUGGCACUGUGAUGGAGACAAUGACUGCGGCGACAACAGUGAUGAGCAGUGUGACAUGCGUAAAUGUUCAGACAAGGAAUUCCGCUGUACAGACGGCAGCUGCAUUGCUGAGCAUUGGUAUUGUGAUGGCGACACAGACUGCAAGGAUGGAUCUGAUGAGGAAAACUGUCCCUCAGAUGUGAUGGCAGCCACCUGCAGCUCCGAGGAGUUCCAGUGUGCAUACGGCCGCUGCAUCCUGGACAUCUAUCACUGUGAUGGAGAUGAUGAUUGUGGAGACUGGUCAGAUGAGUCAGAUUGCUCAUCCCACCAACCAUGCAGGUCUGUUGAGUUCAUGUGCAGCAGUGGAAUGUGCAUCAAUGCAGGCUGGAGGUGUGAUGGCGAGUUUGACUGUGAUGAUCAGUCUGAUGAGAUGAAUUGCACCACAUCUAUGUGCACAGCGGACCAGUUUCGGUGUGGAACUGGACGCUGUGUCCGGUUGUCAUGGAGAUGCGAUGGCGAAGAUGACUGUUCAGACCGCAGUGAUGAAGAGGGUUGUGAAAAAACUGAGACAUCUGCUUGUGCUCCUGACCAGUUCCAAUGUGGUAAUGGACGCUGUAUUGGUCAAAGGAAGGUGUGCAAUGAGGUUAACGACUGCGAAGACGGAACUGAUGAACUUCCACACCAUGAAUGUCGGCCACGCCCAAGCGAUGGCAACUGUAACCAGAAUAACGGUGGUUGUUCCCAGAAGUGUCAGAUGCUUCGAGGUCUGGUCCAGUGCACCUGUCACACUGGAUACCGACUGAUGGAUGAUGGCAGAUCAUGCCAAGAUGUGAACGAGUGUGCUGAAGAGGGCUACUGCAGUCAGGGCUGCACCAACGUAGAGGGCGGCUUCCAGUGCUGGUGUGUUCAAGGCUAUGAACUGCGGCCAGAUAAGCGCAGCUGCAAGGCACUGGGUCCAGAGCCGGUGCUGUUGUUUGCCAAUCGAAUCGAUAUCCGUCAAGUUCUGCCGCACCGCUCUGAGUACACGUUGCUGCUAAACAACCUUGAGAAUGCCAUCGCUCUCGACUUCCAUCACAGCCAAGAGCUGGUUUUCUGGUCAGACGUGACACUGGACCGCAUUAUGAAAGCCAACCUCAAUGGAUCUAAUGUGGAAGAGGUCGUUUCAACUGGCUUGGAGAGCCCAGGUGGGCUGGCCAUUGAUUGGAUCCAUAACAAAUUGUACUGGACAGAUUCUGGAACAUCACGGAUUGAAGUGGCUAAUCUGGAUGGGACUCAUCGCAAGGUGCUACUGUGGCAGAACAUGGAGAAGCCCCGGGCCAUUGCGCUGCAUCCUAUAGAGGGUAAGAUCUACUGGACUGACUGGGGCAACACGCCUCGCAUAGAGUAUGCCAACAUGGAUGGCUCGAACCGACGGGUCAUUGCAGACACUCACUUGUUCUGGCCCAACGGGCUGACAAUUGACUAUGCUGGGCACCGCAUGUACUGGGUGGACGCUAAACACCAUGUCAUCGAAAGAGCCGACCUGGAUGGACGGAAUCGUAAAGCUGUCAUCAACCAAGGCCUGCCUCACCCAUUUGCCAUCACUGUGUUUGAGGACAGCCUCUAUUGGACUGAUUGGCACACCAAGAGCAUCAACAGUGCCAAUAAAUUUACUGGCAAGAACCAAGAGAUUAUCCGUAACAAAUUGCACUUCCCCAUGGAUAUCCACACUUUGCAUCCCCAGAGGCAACCUGAAGGAGGCAAGAACCGCUGUGGUGCCAACAACGGAGGUUGUAGCCACCUUUGUCUUCCUGGCAAUAAAACAUACACCUGUGCUUGUCCAACUGGUUUCAAGAAAGUGGACCACAGCAACUGUGCUAACAGUCUUGACAAGUUCCUGCUUUUUGCCCGAAGGACGGACAUCAGACGAAUCAGUUUCGACACAGAAGAUAUGUCAGAUGAUGUCAUCCCUCUGGCUGACGUGCGUAAUGCUGUGGCACUGGACUGGGAUGCCAGAGACAGCUACAUCUACUGGACUGACGUCACCACUGACUCUAUCAACAGAGCCCUAUGGAAUGGCAGCAAGCAGGAGGUGGUGGUGGACACCAGCCUGGAGAGUCCAGCUGGUUUGGCUAUUGACUGGGUGACUAACAAACUCUACUGGACUGAUGCUGGUACAGAUCGUAUUGAGGUCUCUAAUGCAGAUGGGAGCAUGCGGACUGUCCUUAUAUGGGAGAACCUUGACCGACCUAGGGACAUUGUUGUCGACCCUAUUGGAGGCUUCAUGUACUGGACUGACUGGGGUGCCAACCCAAAGAUUGAACGUGCAGGGAUGGACUCUUCGGGUCGCAUAGUCAUUAUCUCUUCAAACUUGACAUGGCCCAAUGGACUUGCCAUUGACUAUGAAACUAAACGCUUGUAUUGGGCAGACGCUGGCAUGAAGACAAUUGAAUUUGGAAACUUUGAUGGUUCUGACCGACAGGUUUUGAUUGGCAGUCAGCUUCCUCAUCCCUUUGGGCUUACUGUACACGAAAACAUGCUGUACUGGACAGAUUGGCAGUCCAAGAGCAUCCAGAGUGCUAACAAAUUCACUGGCUUGGAGCGGCACACCCUUACAGAAAACCUGGAGAACCUCAUGGAUAUUCACAUGUUCCAGAGACACCGCGAAACAGUACACAACCCAUGCGCAGUGAAAAAUGGAGGCUGUAGUCACCUCUGUCUCCUGGCUCCUGCUCCCAAAGUCUACAGCUGUUCGUGUCCUACUGGGAUCAACCUUCAGACAGAUGGAAAGACCUGCACACCUGGGAUGAGCAGCUUCUUGAUCUUUGCACGGAGAACGGACAUAAGAAUGGUGUCUUUGGACAUCCCUUACUUUGCUGAUGUGGUUCUUGCUGUGAACAGUUCCAUGAAAAAUACGAUUGCUAUUGGAGUUGACCCGCAAGAUGGAAAGGUGUAUUGGUCAGACAGUACACUUAAGAAAAUCAGCAGAGCCAAUAUCAAUGGAACAGCUGAUGAAGACAUCAUUUCUACAGGACUGAUGACGACUGAUGGUCUGGCAGUAGAUGCAGUAGGCCGAAAGAUUUACUGGACCGAUACAGGGACCAACCGGAUAGAAGUUGCCAAUCUGGAUGGCUCCAUGAGGAAGGUUCUGGUGUGGCAAAACUUGGACAGCCCCCGUGCCAUUGCACUUUACCAUGAGAUGGGCUAUAUGUACUGGUCUGACUGGGGAGAGCAUGCUAAACUGGAGCGCUCAUCAAUGGAUGGGUCAGAUCGAGUGAUCCUCAUCAAUAACAACCUUGGAUGGCCCAAUGGUCUUGCAAUAGACAUGGCCAGCUCCCAGCUAUUGUGGGCUGAUGCCCAUACUGAACGCAUUGAGGCUGCUGAUUUGAAUGGCCAGAACCGCCAUACCCUGGUAACACCAGUCCAACACCCGUAUGGUUUAACCCUCUUGGGGUCCCACAUCUAUUGGACUGACUGGCAGAGUCGCAGCAUCCAGCGGGCAGACAAAAAUUCUGGUGCCAACACUAUUACUGUUCGUUCCAAUCUGCCAGGCCUGAUGGACAUCCAGGCUGUGGACAGAGAGAGAGCUUUGGGAUUCAAUAAGUGUGGCAGGAAGAACGGUGGCUGCACUCACCUAUGCCUGCCUCGUCCCAAUGGUACUUCCUGUGGUUGCCCUACUGGCAUCCUGCUGAAGAGCGAUGGUAGAUCAUGUGAUGACUCCCCCGAAACAUUUCUUCUUUUCUCCAACCGCAUCAGUGUGCGGAGAAUCUCUUUGGACACUAACGAUCACACGGAUGUGCACGUACCUGUGCCUGAGCUGCACAACGUCAUUUCACUAGACUAUGACAGUGUAGAUGGAAAACUGUACUACACGGAUGUCACCUUGGAUGUGAUAAGACGUUCAAACCUUGAUGGCACUGGCAUGGAGACUGUAAUCAGUCAGGGCCUAAAGACCACAGAUGGAUUGGCUGUGGAUUGGGUAGCCAGAAACAUGUACUGGACUGACACCGGAAGAAACACCAUUGAGGUGGCACGCAUUGACGGAACCAGCCGCAAAGUCCUUGUCAACAACAGUUUGGAUGAACCCAGAGCCAUUGCUGUGUUCCCGAGCAAAGGGUUUCUAUUCUGGACCGAUUGGGGUCAUAUUGCAAAGAUUGAGCGAUCUCACCUGGAUGGCACAGACCGCAAAGUUCUCAUCAAUACUGACCUGGGCUGGCCCAAUGGACUCACAUUAGACUAUGACACGCGAAGGAUAUUUUGGGUUGAUGCCCAUUUGGACAGGAUCGAGAGUUCUGACCUGAAUGGGAAACUGCGUCAGAUCCUCGUUAGCCCAGUGUCCCACCCCUUUGCCCUAACACAGUUGAAGCCGGUGUCCUCCCCUCUAACCCCUUUCUCCCGACUCUCGCAGCAAGACCGCUGGAUCUAUUGGACUGAUUGGCAGACUAAGUCAAUCCAGCGAGUGGACAAACACACUGGCCGUAACAAGGAAACUGUACUGGCCAAUGUUGAGGGGCUUAUGGACAUUAUAGUGGUAUCACCUAACAGGCAGACAGGUACUAAUCUUUGUGGGGUGAACAAUGGAGGCUGUACUCAUCUAUGCUUUGCCAAGACCAGCAGUUUUAUCUGUGCAUGUCCGGAUGAGCCAGACGGACGGCCAUGCUCCACCAUUGCAGGCUACAUCCCCACUUCUCCCAGCAGAGAAACCAGCAGCACCCCUGUCCCUAACAAGAUCCCCAAAGCUUCAACGGAAACCUCUCAAAGUGGACCCUCAGUGGUCAACUGCACUGACAAGAACCUAAAUGUAGAAGAGUGCUUACAGAGUAACGUGGUUACUGCUCCCCAUGGGGAAGGACUUCAUAUUAGCUAUGUGAUUGGAGGAGUUUUGACUAUACUGGCUAUUCUAAUUCUUAUUGUUGCGUUGAUUAUUUACAGACAUAAAAAGUCCAAGUUCGCUGAUCCGGGAGUUAGCAACCUGACCUACAGUAACCCUUCAUAUCGGACUUCCACACAAGAAGUCAAGCUUGAGGCCUCCCAGAAGCCUCCAAUAUAUAAUCAACUUCGAUAUAAGAAAGAGGGUGGAGUGGAGGGAGGGUACACAAAAGAGAAGAUCCGUAUUGUGGAGGGCGUGUGUCUUCUGUCCACUGAGGAACUUUAUUGGGAUGACCUCAAACAGAUCAAGCCAUCGCGAGGAGGCCUCCACACCUGCAUGCGCACAGACACUGUUUCGCUGCAAGCGAGCAGCGCUUCACUGGAUGAUGGAGAGACGGAGCAACUCCUUCAGGAAGAGGCAUCGGAAUGUUCCUCCAUAAUCACCCUCACUCCUUCAGCAAUCACCCCUCAACGUCACGCCCAGCACAGCCUCCCUGACACUGGCUGGAUUUCCAUGCGCAAGCCCUCGACUGAGAGUGAGGUGUGA